AUGCCCUAUGCUCCUAAAAUCGGCGAUCCCAUCGCCUCCCUAGACACCCCCUCCAUGAUCGUCGACCUCGACAUCAUGGAAUCCAACCUCCAAACCCUAAUGUCCCAACUCCUCCCCACCGGCGUCUCCAUCCGCCCGCACCUCAAAACCAGCAAAUCUAGCAUCGUGGCCCAAAAAAUGGUCGCCGCCGGCGCAAAAGGCGGGUGCGUGGCCAAACUCUCCGAAGCCGAAGUAAUGUGCUCAAAAGGCUUCUCGGACCUGCUCAUUACAUGCGAAGUCGUCGGGGCCGCAAAAGUCGCGCGGCUAGUCGAGUUGCUAGAAAAGUAUCCUGAAGUGAGGAUUGUGGUGGAUAGCGUGCAGGGCGCUGCUGCUAUCGAUGAUGCGCUUGCGGAACGCGGAUUUAGGGGGAAGCAAGUCAAGACGCUGGUGGAUUUGGAUGUUGGGCUUCAUCGGACGGGCGUGCAGCCGGGGGUGCCGGCGAAGGAACUUGCGGCGUUUGUGGCGCAGAGUAGACAUCUUGAGUUGAUUGGGGUGCAGGGGUAUGAGGGCCAUUUACAGCAUGUGCAUGGGCUGGAGGCGAGGAAAGAGGCGUGUUUGGAGAGUAUGAAGGUGCUGGUUGAGACGGCGGAGGCGCUGAGGGGGGAGGGGCAUAAGAUUGAUGUUGUCACUACUGGUGGAACGGGGACGGCGGAGUUUUGUGCGAGGGUGCCUGGGGUCACGGAGGUGCAGCCUGGGUCGUUUCUUUUCAUGGAUACGGAUUACAGGAAUGCGGUGGGUGGGCAGCAUUUCAAGCAGAGUUUGACGAUACUGUCGACGGUGCUGAGCAAGCAGGGUCCGAAUGUUAUUACGAUCGAUGCCGGACUGAAGAGUUUGACGACGGACUCGGGGCUGGCGGAGUGUAAGACUCAGGGUUACGAGUAUGGGGUGUUGGGCGACGAGCAUGGGAGUCUCAAGUGGGAAGAGGGAAAGGCGAGUGAAUUGAGGAUAGGGGAUAGGGUGGAGAUUAUUCCGAGCCAUAUUGAUCCUACGGUCAAUCUGCACGAUGUGUAUUAUGCGCACCGGAAGGGAGUGAUUGAAGAGAUUUGGCCGGUGGACACUCGAGGAUGUGUGCAGUAG